CUGAGAGACACCUCCUCUCUUCUUUCGCUCCGCUCGUUCAAGCGGAGAUCUGGACUGUUUCUCGUCAAUACGUUAUUGUACGAAACGCCACAGUAUAUGCAGAGAAAAGCGUGCGUUCGGACCGAAACUGUGGAUGCCUUUUUGAGGGUGCACAUCGACCAAUGUUCUUUUUGCAGAUAAGGCGUAUAGCCACCCAUUUUUAAUUUUCCCUUGGGUGCGUUGGCCUGAAUUAAGCAGCACAAUGGAUCUUUCAUUUAUGGCUGCGCAGAUCCCGGUCAUGACGGGCGCCUUCAUGGACUCACCCAAUGACGACUACAGCGCCGACCACUCGCUCUUCAACUCCUCGGCCAGCGUGCACGCCGCCGCGGUGACGGCCCAGGGCCAGCAGGACGAGCAGCAGCCCAUGUCCAGCGACGCCAUCUGGCUGUGGAUUGCCAUCAUUGCCACGAUCGGGAACAUCGUGGUCGUGGGUGUGGUGUACGCUUUCACCUUCUGAUUCCCUGCUGCUGAGGAUUGCCUUCAAACUCUGCUUCAGACACUGGAGGCCAGCGCUGAUGCACGGCAUUAAAGGCAGAG